AUGGCAGAUAUCGAGUCGACAUGCGCCUCCCUGCGCGCCCAGAUUUUGGCCACUGAAGCGCAGCUCGAUGGGCUCAAACGCGACCUUGCGAAUGCGGAAAAGGCCAGCAAAUCGCGGGCUUCACCUGCCGCCGACGAGCACAAGGAACAAAAUGACAACCAUGAGGGCCGUCGGUGGCCGCUACUCCCAGAGGAGUAUAGGCGGUAUGGGCGACAGAUGAUCGUCUCUCAAGUUGGCCUUGAAGGUGACUGCCUCGUGUCCGGCAAAGAAGCAAAGACAACGCGACAACUCAAACUACGGUCCGCCAAAGUUCUGCUCGUCGGAGCAGGGGGCCUAGGCUGUCCUGCUGCUCAGUAUCUUGCCGGAGCCGGUGUAGGUACUAUUGGGCUUAUUGACGGCGACACGGUCGAAAGCUCUAACCUGCACCGCCAAGUGCUGCAUCGGACAAAGAAUGUUGGGAAAUACAAAGUGGACAGUGCCAUUGAGUCGUUGCAAGAACUCAACCCGCACCCGACCUAUAUCCCACACCGGACGCACCUCACACCCGAUGAAGCACCCACGAUCUUCGAGAAUUAUGACUAUAUCCUCGAUUGUACCGACAACCCUGCGACGCGCUACCUGAUUUCGGACACUGCCGUGCUGCUAGGGAAGACCUUGGUCUCCGCGUCAGCGCUACGAACAGAAGGCCAGCUGAUGGUCCUCAACAACCCGCCCCAACCUGCAGGGGACCCGGAGGGUGGUCCAUGCUACAGAUGUGUCUUCCCCAAACCGCCACCAGCUGAUAGUGUUGUCAGCUGUGCAGACGGCGGCAUUAUGGGACCCGUGGUUGGCACCAUGGGGGUCUUGCAAGCGCUUGAAGCAAUCAAAGUUAUCACGGCGCCGUACCCCAUCAAGGCUGCAGCGGGAAUUCCUGCACCGGCGCGAGAAUCCCCAUCGCUCCUGAUAUUCUCGGCAUAUUCCAACCCCCAAUUCCGUUCUAUUCGCCUGCGCUCUCGUCGAUCGAACUGUGCUGUCUGCUCGGCGAACGCCACGGUGACAUUGAACACCAUCAUGUCAGGAUCUACGGACUAUGUCUUCUUCUGUGGUUCGGCAAGCCUGCCGUCGUUAUUGGGUCCUGAGGAACGUAUAUCGCCCGAGGAAUAUCGUCAGAAGCACCCGGGAUCUGCUGCUGGACGAGGAUCCACCAUGAUCGAUGUACGAGAAAAGGCGCAAUUCGGCAUUUGUAACCUGGUGAACAGCAUUAAUAUUCCAAUUUCCAACAUUCUGGCCUCGAGCUCGAAAAAGAGCCAAGGCCAGGAAUCUGACCAGCCACCCGAAUUGCCCUCCUGGAUCCCUCCCGAAGUCGCUAACUCUGAGUCUGACGAUCCAAUAUAUGUUGUCUGUCGCCUUGGGAACGAUUCUCAAAUCGCAGUCAAGCGGUUAAAGGAGCUGGGGCUAGAUCGUGAUGGAAGACGGUAUAUUGGAGAUAUUCGUGGCGGGUUCCGUGCAUGGCGAGAGCAAGUCGACCCGGACUGGCCUCAAUACUAA